AUGUUUUCGAAUCCUUUUUUCAAAAAUAGUGGAGCAUCUAGUCCUAAAAAUAAUGUACAAUCAACAUAAUAAAGACCAUCAGUAUAGGAUAUAAUGAAUAAAUAUAAAUAUAAUCCUUCAGAAAGAGUAUCUCAUGUUGAUGAAUAAAUAUUAGGAAGUCUUAACGAAUCCUCAAAUGUAGUGAAUUAAUAACAAAUUAUAGUUUUUAAAUGAAUAAUCAAGACAUGAUAAGAUGUUUCUAAAUCCAAUACAACCAUAAUUUGAUUUAGAUCCACCACCAAAAAAGGAUGCAAUAGCUAGAUUAACCUUUGGAGAAGAGAACAAGAAAUUUGAAUCUCAGAAAUUAUAAAAUUAGAGAUUAUUAAAUGAAAAUGAUCUCUUUGAUGAUAUGUCUCACUUAAAAGAUAAAGUAUUAAGUAUCAAAUUAUCAUAAUAUCUAAAGACAUGUUAGAGAGAUAUUCUGUUGCUCUUAAAGCUCCAGAAUAAUAGAAUAAGAAGAAUAUCAUUAAACAUUAAUUAGAAUUGGAUGCCAAUCAAGUAGCCUAAGAAUAUUCUUAAAUUGUAGAUAAAUUUAACAAUCCAGAUUUAUCAGCUAUAUCAAUUGCAGAUAGUACAAUACCAGUAUACAAAGUAUAAGAUUGAAUAUGAUUCAAUUAGGAAUAAUAAUUGACUUAAAUGUUUAAUCUAGUAGAAGAAUUCCUUACUAAGUUUAAGAAUAUAUCCUAAGUGUAAUAAGAGAAAUCAUAAUUAUUACGAUCACGUAUUAAUGCAGGUGAAUCUCAAUUACAACCUUAAUCAAAUAAAGUAAAUGAAUCAGAAAAACAAUUUACUUUUUAAUCUAAUUAAUCUAGUAAACAUUCAAGUCAUGCUGUUAAAAAUAAGGCUUAAGCAUAAUUUGCUUAAUCUAUAACAGUUGGACAAUCAAAUCUGACUUCAAAUAAUUAUUAAUAGACUUUCAAUAAAACUAAUGGAAGUUAAUAAUAAAGUCCAACUAAAACUUAUACAUUUUAAUCUGUUCCUACUAUAAUACCAACUUAUGAAUAAAAAUCAAUUCCUGCUUAAUAACCUAUAACUCAAUUAGAUAUGACAGUAUAUAAUUAGUUUCCAAAAAUGGAUGAUUCAUUUUAUGAUCAAAAAUAAAUAUCAAUGCAAAGAAUUAAUUCUAAAUUAGCAACUUUAAAAGAUAAAUUACAAUAAGAAUUAUAAAAGGAUAAUAUGCCAUAUACAUAAAAGAUAUUAGGUGAAAUGAUAUCUAAUUUAUAAGAAAUAAUAAAUACUUAAGAUUAUUAAUUAGUCAAAACCAUUAUUUUCAGAAUUGAAUAAGGUAUUCAAUAGUUAUCAAAUAAUAAAGAAGGUUCAAUUAAUCUUUAUAAAUACAUUAAUAAAGCUUUAUUAAAUUCAAAAAUGAAAACAGAUUUAUUCACUUAAAGAGCCUCAAUGCCUGUUCAUGCUUUACCAGAAUAACGUAAUAGUUCUACUACUAUGUCUUCUCUAAAUAAUUACUAAACUCCAGCCAAAAUAGAAAAUGGUAAUACUAAUCAAUAAAUUGAUAUCGAUCGUAAUUUUGAUAAAAAAUAAAGAGAUUAACGUCAUUUAGUAGAACAUAAUUUAUAUUUUGAUUAAAGAUUAAGUAAUCUCAAUAAACCAGACAUUCCAAAACCUAAAUAAUAUAUUAAUUAAAUUGCAUCACCAAAUUCUGGAUAUGAAUCUAGAGGAUCAGUUAAUUAUGAAAGGAAAUAAGAUGAUCAUAAGACAUAUUCUUAAGAUGCUCGUUUGAGUUAUUAAUUAUAAUUUGAAUCCAGACCUAGUAUCAAUAUAGAAUAAAGAUAUUCAAGUAAUGAACCUAAAAAUAUUUAUUAUGCUACUGAAUAUCAAAGGAAAACAGAAUAAAGUUCCUUUUAAGAAUCUUAAAAAUUUACUUAAGAAAGAAUAUCUGAAGUCUAAAGAUAAUCUGAUAUGUAAAGACCAUCUGAAUAAACUAUAAAGAGAUUGUUUUUUGAUGCUGCUCUUACCCAAAAGAAUAAAUUGCCUUCCAAUCAUCCAGGUAGAAAUAUUAUGGUUUCAGAUCUAUAUGAAGAAUAUGUAAAAAAAGGUGGAGACAUGUAAAAGUUUAUAUAAUAAUAAUUUGAUCGUUGUUGAC